AAGCCAAAUUGAUAUGAUAUUUUUCUUUCAUGAUAGUGAUAUAAACCGUUUUUUUUCGACUGUCUGGUCUAUUGCACAGGCGCAUUGAGUCGUUGUAGUCUUCCCGGACUACUUACAUUUUCGUAUUGUUCCGUGUUCGAAAAUUGUUGUGGCUGUUUGUCAACCAUGUUGGUUUUGUUUAACGUUUUUGUUAUUCUCAAUGGUCUAUCUAAUGUUUUAUUACUACUGCAGACUGUAUAGUACCUCGUUUAACAUUUAAAAAAGAAAAUUAUAAUUUAUUUUUCUACUGUUGAUUAGUAACAAAGAUUAUACUAUUUAAAACCAAAUAUCGAUAGAAACAUAUGAAAAACUUUAACAACUUAUUUAAGCAUAUCUAUUUCACUAAAAGAAAUAUGUCUUCUUUUAAAUUAUUUUUAUGGGAAAAUACAAUGUUUGUUAACUGUUUGAUUCCGACGGGUGAGACCGAACUAAAAAUGAUGGUGACUCUACCAUCUCCAUUUAACAAGUUGCACAGAAUAAACUUGUGUCGAAGCCCAGAAGAUACAAUAAGAAUAUUUAUUGACAGACUUGUUUUAAAGUUAUCACAAACUCAACGCAAAGUUAGUGAUAGUGAAAAGCUUAAGAGAAAUUGUGUAGAAAUAAAAGUGAAUGGAAUCAAAGUACCAUAUACUUCUAAAUGCUAUGAAAUGUUUGAGGAAUUUAAAGAAAAUAUUACCCUUGAAAUUAAAGAUCAUACGUAUAAAGUAAUAGUUAAUGCACCAAUAAUCAACGAAUUUAAAUUGGGAAAGCCUCCAUAUCAAGGAUUAAUGAUAUAUCCCUAUGGAUUUGAACAGGGAUAUAAUGUCUCUGUUAUGGAUACUCAAUAUUCGUGGUACAGAAUUGAUUCAAAAGAAGAAAUUAAAGUGGGCAAUUAUAUGACUUAUAAACCUACUGCCGAGGAUGUUAAUUGUCGUCUAAAAUUGGUUUGUAGUCCUUUUAAUGACAUGCUGCAACCUGGACCUACAGCAGAAAUAAUAUCUUCAACAGUCUUAGAGAAUACCAUUGAAAUCUACCCAUUUCAAAGAAGAUCAAUAAUAAAGCCAAUGGGCAAUAGUUUCAGAGUUGUGUCAUACAAUAUACUCGCUGGAGAAUAUACAAAAACUAAGGAAGCAAAAAAUGAAAUGUAUCCAUAUUGUCCAGAAGAAAUUUUAGCGUCCAGUUAUCGGCACCCUCUUGUAAUGAGAGAACUUCAAGCGUACAAUGGAGAUAUAAUUUGUUUGCAAGAAGUGGAUAAGCUUUUUUUUCAUAGAGAGUUGUGUCCUAUUUUAGAACAAAACGGUGAUAUGACUGGAUUAUAUUUUAAAAAGAAUGGCCGUAGGAAUGAAGGACUGUGUUGUUUUUAUAAUACUAAUACAUUUACUUUAUUAGAACAAUUUGAUAUUAGUUUGAAUGACCUGACUACUAUAGAAUUGUACUGCGGACCUAUUAUAAAAGAAAUUAUGAAAGAUGAAAAAUGGAAACAAGGAUUAGAAAAAAGAACUGUUUUCCAAGUCUUAGCUUUAGAAUUGAAUUCUGACUAUAAACAAAUAUUAUUAGUAUGCAAUACUCAUUUGAUAUCUGAUCCAGAAGGUGAUUUUAUUAGAUUGUUUCAAACGUUAAUUGAACUAAUUAUUAUUAAUAAAAUAAAACAAAAUAUC